AUGUCGGACGCUGGUCUCCAAUCGCGUGCUGACCCGUUCGGCGAUACCCUCGAGACGCUUUGGCAGCGGUCGAAAAAGAAACUUCCGUUUCUGAAGAAUGAUUCCAAAGAACCACCGGAUAGAUUUGUGUUUGAAAGGGGGUUGGUGAGAGGUGAAUUGUGGCAUCUGGCUGUUUCAGGGAUGUAUAUACUAGCUAUAUAUUUCCCGUCCGAAAUGUCGAAAUCACCCAAGAUGCGCCGUAGCAGUGGAGGAAUUCGAGUCUUCUCGCCAUGCUACUGUUCCUUUGUUAUAUCCGGUUUAUGUGCUAAGGUUGUACUUCAGAUUCAGUUGUCGUUGACGAGAGCGCCGCUAAGGCCAAAGCAGCGCACGAAAGACGGCGGGAUCAAGUCAGGAGAGCCCAGCGGUGGCCUCCUUCGAGAAAUUAUGAUUGCGCAUGGCAUCCCGCUUCCGCAGACCAAACCGCGAGAUCGCCUGGCCACUGUCACGGUGGUUGGUGAACCCGGAUUUGGCCAGAGACUGCAAGUUUCCCUUGACGAAGGGCCUGAUAAGAUCCCUCCAGUGUACCCAGAAGGGUUUGGGGUGACGCUUACGCAAAAGGUCCUGCAUAAGGCAGCGGAAUUCUUCAUAUCGUCGCCAACUACGAAUCAGAUUGGGGCUGAUGAGCCUCGGCCAGAGGACUUUAACAGCGAGCUUCAAAUACGGCCAAAGAACGGUUCAGGUGUCCAGGGAUACUACCAGCAGCAAGUUAUACAGCCUCAUCCAUACCACUUUGAUUCGACCCAGGUUGCUGUUGAUUUUGUUUUAUUGUAA